AUGACCAGGUACCUGGAUGAAUCGGAUGUCAUGAUGGUGGAGGAGGGCUUCACCACUCGGGAUCUCCUGGAGAGUCUCCUCCUCAAGGUUGCCCAGACGGGCAGCCGAGAAGCCUUUUUUGUGGCAAAUCUGGAGGACGUGGUGAAGAAACAUGUGCGCCUGCUCAAGGCCCUGCCGCGGGUCAAGCCCCUCUACCCCUUGAAGUGCAACAGCAGCAGGGGCGUGGUGCAGAUGCUGGCAGGGCUGGGGGCUGGAUUCAGCUGCACCAACAAGACAGCAGCUGUGAUCAACUCUGCCUUGGACCUCUACUUCCCUGAAGGCUGUGGGGUUGAGAUCCUUGCUGAGCUGGGGCGCUACUACGUGCAUUCGGCCUUUACCUUGGUGGUUAAUGUCAUUGCCAAGAAGGAAGUUCCUCUGGACCAGCUGGGCUCAGACGAGGAAGAUGCUGAGGGCAAGAAGAGCUUUGUCUACCACAUUAACGAUGGCGUCUACGGCUCUCUUGGCUCGGUCAUCUUCAGCAACAUCUGCCCCGUCCCCAUUCUGCCUAAGAAACCCCCACCAGAUCUCCCUUUGCACAACAGCAGCUUCUGGGGACCAACUGGUGAUGAGUUAGACCGAAUUGCAGAUGGCCUGGAACUGCCUGAGCUGCAGGUCGGGGACUGGCUGAUCUUUGAGAACAUGGGGGCCCACUCGGUGCUGGCCUCCUCCUCUUUCCAGGGAUCUCCCCCAACCCCAAUUCACUAUGCUAUGUCCAGAGUGGCCUGGGAAGCCGUCCAGCUCCUCCAGGGGAAAUCGCUGUAUCUGGAAGAAGAGGAUCGGGAGAGCACAUGUGCCCCCCUCUCCUGUGGCUGGGAGAUCACGGACACCCUGUGUGUUGUCCCUGUCUUCACUCCAGCAAGCAUCAUGUAA